GCUUUAGACUGUGGGUUCAUCAGAAGUAAACAUUAUUUAUGAGAUAUAAUAAUUAGUGAAUGCUUUAGACUAUCGAUACAAUUAAAGAGAUGCAUCUCUCAAAACAAAACCAGAAAGGAAAAUCGGCCUAGUUUCCAGGGUCUACCUUUCAAAAUAUUAAUAUUCCGGUUGAUGAAGUUACGACAAGGGAGACAAUUCUUAGUUACCCGUUUCAAUGGAUCAUCGAUUCGGCGAACACUAACACUUGUUGAUGUUGAUGAGCGGCAUGACUGGCACUAGAUCUAGUCCAUAAUAUCAGAAUGUGAGUUUCGGCAGAUGAACAGAUUCAUAUUUAUACUUGAUGGAGGAUUGUGUUUUACACUAAAUAACCCGAGUUAAAGAGCAGUGUUGUAGAUUACAGUCAUAUUUCAUGAAAACACCAUGGAGUUCAGAAAUCCUUUCGGUGGUAUUCUUUUGGCUCUGAUGCUGUUCCUGACCAGCACAGUUGGAACAAUUGUUAUGGUCACGCCCGCUCUUCCUGUCAUUUUUCUAAGCCCUCAGCUGAGUCGUCGGAUUAUGGACUUCCUCAUCAAGCUGUGGUUUCUGCUUGCUGUGGCAUUGUAUGAAUUGUUAAUGGGGAUGAAAAUCGUGAUAAAAGGCAAGCCAGCCCGUAGAGGAAACAGUGCUCUCAUCUUGUCAAACCACCGCACUCGGCUGGACUGGUUAUUCCUCAUGUCUUACCUGUGCAGGUUCAACUCUAUUGAGGAAUAUCGAAUUUCUCUUAAGGCUCCACUGAAAAAGUUUCCGGGGGCAGGAUGGGCCAUGCAGUGUGCUGGAUUUUUAUUCUUGCAAAGAAAAUGGGACCUUGACAAAGAUCAUAUUGCAAAUGGAAUCAACUACUUUUCAAAAGUCAAGUCAAAGCCUCAGUUCUUACUGUUCCCCGAGGGCACAGAUAUGUGCCAUAAAGCUAUAGCAAGGAGCCACAAGUUUGCUGAGGACAAAGGUUACCCAAAGUAUGAUUAUGUACUACACCCUAAAACUACUGGCUUCAUUCAUUUUGUGAAAGAAAUGAAAAAAGGUCAAAUACUGGAUUCCAUCUUGGAUGUUACUGUGGCGUAUCCGAAAACAUUGAUACAAAGUGAGCUGCAGACUCUGAAAGGAGAAUUUCCAGAAGAAGUUCACUUUUAUGUGGAAGAUUACCCAUUGGAGACGAUCCCGGAAACAGAUGAGGAGCUGGAAAAGUGGUGCCGAGAACUGUGGAGCAAGAAGGAGGAACGCCUCCGGCGGUUUUACGAGUCAAAGAGUUUUGAAAAUGAGCCAGGAGAUAAUGAAGAGGAGAAGAAUGCCAGCCCUCUCAGUGAGGAAGCCGUUAGGAGCAAGUUGUACUCUGUUGUCGCAUUCUGGGUGAUAUUUUUACUAGUCACUUUUAUAGCUCUUUUCCUUUAUCCUUAUUUUAGAUUGUUCUGCUUGAUAGGCUGUGCUACCUAUGUCAUUAUAGGCUUUCGCCAUGGGGGUGUAGAUAAUGUCAUCUAUACUGCUGUCAAACACUAUGAGUGAACAGUUUUAUAGAUGUAGCAUGCUAAUUUUUACUAUGUUUCAGCCUUUGAGUUUUUUCCUUAAUAAGAAAUCGCAAAACAGUUGUAUUUGAACUAUAAAAAGGACACAAGAAAAAUGACACUGAUUAUUUUGGGUACAAUCCUUCUUGCAGGUUACUUUUCUUCUUUGAUUCUAUUCCUCAAGUACCCCCCCCCGGGGCGGUGCCACUGACUGAAGUUUCUUUUGGCCAU